AUGGCAAAAUGUAUUAUAAUUUUACUGAUUUUCGUAACAACUACUACGAGUUCACCAAUAUUUGGUUCUCGAAUGGAAAUUAUACGAAAAAGCCCGUAUGAAAUAUUAAUAAGAUACCGUAUCAAUCCCACACAAAGUAUAACAACGAGAAUUAUACCAAUAAAUACAAACAAAUUAACAGCAACUACAUUGUCAAUUCGAAAUGCCAUAAAAACAACAACAACAUCAUUAAAUCUUAAUCCUACAACCAUCUUACGAACAGUUACAACCGAAAACCCUAAAACACCAGUGCCAUUUACAAAUACUAAAGAAUUCACCAAAGCAACACCUUCAAGUGAUUUUACUCCCAGCAUAACCCCAGUAAAAAAUGUCAAAAUGAGUAAAUCUCUCACAAAGUCACAAACUGAAAUAACUUCCGAUAAUACGCCUAGUGAAUUAAUCACAUUUGCCAAAGCAACAACAACAGAAAUCCCAAAAAGUAAUAAAGAUACCACGGCAACAAAACGUAUAUUUAUUUCCGACCCAACGUGGGCAACUACUGAAACUCAAAUAAAAAGCACAACAAACAAAAUUAUGACUAAUAAUGGAAAUACUAAUGGACAGACAGGUUCCAUACCAACAACAAAACGUGUUAACAUAUUAAGUCAAAUCGUUAAUUCAAACAAAUCUACUCAAUCUACAACAGAAACAUCUGCACGUAGUACCAAAAGGACAACAAUACCUACGAAUGUAAACCAAAACCCCGCAAAGCUUAAAAAUGCGUCUUCCUUAAGUUCAAGCACAAGGAAAGUAUCUACGAUUGUUACAUUUUUUUUAAGUAAUCGUCAACCUCACGAAAACACAUUUACUGCCGUAUCAACAAAAACGCCUUCAAAUGCAACGAGUACAAAUAAAAAUAUUCCAUUUAUAAUUUCAACUGAAUCGUCUUCAACCUCUUCAACAACUAGAGCUGCAGAGAGCACAGAACCAUUUCUACUGUAUCACCUUCAACCACUGCAACAACUAGAGCUGCAGACAGCACAGAACCAGUAA